UCACUUCAAUCCCCUCCAGCUCUCGAGUUCGACAGAUCUCGGUUCACUCACCGCCGGCGGACGCAGCGAAGCGAGGGAGGAGCAAUGGCGGACCGCGGGGGCUACGUGCAGGUGCAGCACGGGCAGUACGGCGGCGGGCACCACGGCGGGCAGCAGCACGGGCGCCAGAUGGGCGAGCAGAUGAAGGGCAUGCUCCAGGAGAAGGCGCCGUCGGCGUCGCAGGCGCUGACGGUGGCGACGCUGUUCCCGCUGGGCGGGCUGCUGCUGGUGCUGUCCGGGCUGGCGCUGGCGGGCACCGUGGUGGGGCUGGCCGUGGCCACGCCGGUGUUCCUGCUCUUCAGCCCCGUGCUGGUCCCGGCCGCGCUCACCAUCGGCCUGGCCGUCACCGGGUUCCUCACCUCCGGCGCGCUGGGGCUGGGCGGCCUCUCCUCGCUCACCGUGCUCGCCAACACGGCGCGCCAGGCGUUCCAGCGCACCCCGGACUACGUGGAGGAGGCGCGCCAGCGCAUGGCCGACGCUGCCGCGGCCGCGGGGCACAAGACGCAGCAGGCCGGCCACGCCAUCCAGAGCCGCGCGGAGGAGGCGCGCGCCGGAGGAGGAGGCGGCCACACCGGCGCCACCGGCGGAGCGGGCGCCGGCACCGGCACCAGGGCGUCGUCGUAAGCCGGAGCCAGCAGGCCGAUGUCAGUCCGCCGUGCCGCGCAGCAGGGCGCGCGUCGUCUAGCUACUACCUGCUCUAUGUGUGCUAGCGCCUUCGUACGUGUCUACACGAGCGAGUGUGUGUGCGUUCGUGCGUGUCAGUGUGUGUGUGUGUGAUGUUUCUACUGUUUUAGUACUGCUCGUGUUCGUCCGAUCGAUCGGUUUAGUACCGAGUUGUGAAUAAGAAAAGGCCCGGGCCGCUUCGUCUGUC